GCCGACUCCAUUUCAGAUGACUCGAUUCAAGUGAUGGGCGGGAGCCCUCUCCAACUUGUUGCUGCCCUAGUCGUGAUCCAUGGAGCGGCAGCGGCAUUGAGACAGAGCGGAGCUGGUCCCAUGGAUGUUCAGGCAUAUGUUGACGAGCGACGCUUCUAUUGUGCGAAAGCUGAGGGCUGUCCAUUGCUGUCGCACACGUGGGGGCAAGUCAUUGCAACCGAUCCUUCGACAGGGAAAACUGCGACCUUUCGUGAUGUUAUGGCUGGACCUGGCUGGGCAAAGGAGUGGAACUGGGGGCAUCACCCGGAACACGUAACGCACGCGACUGGGCCGAUGACUCCGGAUGUGGAAGAAAUCAUGCAGGAGAUGAAGCUCUAUAACCCAAAGGCCUUGAAUUUGGACAGGUUUUAUAUGUCCAUCGGAGUGAAGGGGGCAUUGGCUAACAACCAAACCACAGAUGACAAGAUUAAGGAGAUGUGGGGAAUUGAGCCGGUU